AUGGGGAAACCAGAAUUAGCACAGAAGGCUGUUGCUUUGGCAGAGAAGAGGUUAUCAGUAGAUCAGUGGCCUGAAUACUAUGACACGCGCAGUGGAAGGUUUAUAGGCAAACAAUCCAGGCUUUUUCAGACAUGGACCAUCUCUGGUUUCCUAACGUCAAAGAUGCUUUUAGAGAACCCAGAGAAGGCAUCCUUGUUGUUCUGGGAGGAGGAUUAUGAGCUUCUGGAGAUAUGUGUUUGUGCACUAAGCAGAACUGGCCGGAAGAAGUGUUCGCGCUCUGCUGCAAGAUCUCAAAAUCAGCUAGCUACCCAUUGGCCACUAGAAAAUAUGAUUCAGAAAGGGAAAUUGUACACCAAUGACUAA